UAUAUCUCUUCUUCUAUAACCCUGACACUCUGCUUCUCUGUCCCUUCUGUUUCUUACAGUCGCGUUGCCAUGUUCUCCUCAUCUUCUUCUCAUUAGGACGAUUAAACAAACCCUAGAGAACCAAAGCCCUUCAAAGGAGCAAGGGGCAUUUUGUCAAUUUGAUUCAGGAAAUAGGAGUGAGGUGAUAAGAAUCCAAAACUCACAGCGCAGGCAGUGAAGUGAUGGCCCAAUCGAAAGCUCUCUCAUCUUAUGCCUCCCUCAAUUUUCAUUGCCGCAAUAGAGAUGGGUUGCACUACAAUCACAAACCAUCCUCUACUCAGAAAUCAAUUGCUUCAUUUCAAGCGUUAGGGGCAAAAUGGAGUGAUCUUCGUGGUUGUGCUCUUUCGGGUCGUACGCGCAAUGUUCUUCAAACCCGUUGCAAGAGAGCCAUUCAAGCAGUUUUAAGUAGUGAUGCAAAACUGGAAACAAAUGAAGCCACAAAGAGUAAAGGGCUGCGAGGCCAGUUAAACAAGGUUGUUUUAGCCUAUAGUGGUGGCUUAGACACCUCAGUUAUUGUCCCAUGGUUGAGAGAAAAUUAUGGUUGUGAGGUUGUUUGCUUCACUGCUGAUGUUGGUCAGGAAGUUCAAAAUUUCCAGGGAUUAAAGGAAUUGGAAGGCUUGGAAGAAAAGGCCAAGGCAAGUGGGGCUUGCCAGCUGGUGGUGAAGGACUUAAAGGAAGAAUUUGUCAGAGAUUAUAUUUUUCCUUGCUUGCGAGCUGGUGCAAUAUACGAGAGGAAAUACUUGUUGGGGACCUCAAUGGCUCGCCCUGUAAUUGCCAAGGCGAUGGUGGAUGUUGCUAAAGAAGUUGGAGCUGAUGCUGUUGCUCACGGAUGCACAGGAAAAGGAAAUGAUCAGGUUCGCUUUGAGCUCACCUUCUUUGCACUAAAUCCUGAACUAAAUGUUGUGGCUCCUUGGCGAGAAUGGGAUAUCAAGGGAAGGGAAGAUGCCAUUGAAUAUGCCAAGAAACAUAAUGUGCCUGUCCCUGUGACUAAGAAAUCCAUAUACAGCAGAGACAGAAACUUGUGGCACUUAAGCCAUGAGGGUGAUAUCUUGGAAGACCCAGCUAACGAGCCAAAGAAAGAUAUGUAUAUGAUGUCUGUUGAUCCAGAAGAUGCACCUAAUCAACCUGAAUUUGUAGAGAUUGGUAUAGAGUCGGGGCUUCCAAUUUCAGUAAAUGGGAAGAAGCUGUCACCGGCUUCUCUUCUUUCUGAGCUAAAUGAAAUUGGUGGGAGACACGGUAUUGGCCGUAUUGACAUGGUUGAAAACAGACUUGUUGGUAUGAAAAGCCGUGGAGUCUAUGAAACUCCUGGAGGAUCCAUUCUUUUCACUGCUGCUCGUGAAUUGGAGUCUUUAACUCUUGAUCGAGAAACGAUGCAAGUUAAAGAUUCACUUGCCCUGAAGUAUGCUGAACUAGUGUAUGCUGGCAGGUGGUUUGACCCAUUGCGCGAGUCUAUGGACGCAUUCAUGGAGAAGAUCACAGAGAAAACAACUGGAUCUGUAACACUUAAGUUGUACAAGGGAUCUGUAUCAGUAACCAGUCGCACAAGCCCCAAUAGUCUGUACAGGCAAGACAUCUCGUCCUUCGAGAGUGGACAAAUAUAUGAUCAGGCUGAUGCAGCUGGCUUCAUACGUCUAUACGGUCUUCCGAUGAAGGUUAGGGCAAUGCUUGAGAAGGGAAUCUGAUGAUUUCUCUUUUUUACUGCUCUGCUAUCUCAUGAUAGUUUAGACUUAUUUCUGAUGUUCCAUAGACAUGCAAUUAGAUGUACUGUCUUUUUGUCGGAGUAGUUUUUGCUUGUUUGUAUGAUCUUUGGAUAAUAAUUUUCUUGACCAUAUUUAACUCGUUUCAAACGUGUUCACAAUGGAGGUUUGGUUCAACCUGAAUUGAAUUAAAAAAAAAAAAAAAAAAAAA